AUGCACGUCCACGAGCCUGCCAGACCCGUCCAGGGCAAGUCGAUCGCCGCUUUUAGCCACCGCAGCCCGUACAAGGCUUAUAGGAGCCCUUUUGGUCCUCAGUACACCAUCCAGCGCAACUUCCACGGCAUCACCACCCGCACCCUGAUCAAGGCCGGUACCCUCGCAGCUGGUUUCGGCGGCGUUGCCGGUUUCUUCGCCCUGUUCUUCUUCGCCGAGGUCCCCAAGGUUCGCGACGACAUUAUGAUGAGGACUCCUCUGGGCGGUUUCUUCAAGAAGGAGAUUGCGCCUGAGGACAACCCUUUCUAA